AUGAACAUCUUCACGAUGCUCUGCAUCAUGUCGCUGCUCCUGCUCUUCGUCGCCGUCGUGAACCGGAAGAUCACCAUGUUCACCCGCGCCAUCCUGCAGCCCCUGCGCUGGCUGGUGGACGACAUGGAGGGCCUCGCCUCGCUCGAGCUGCUGCAGAACUUCAGGGACAUUCCCGCCGCGGACACCCGGCGCGAGAACCGCCCGUCCGAAGUUGUGGACGAGCUGGUCCAGCUGAACAAGGCUUUCGGCUCGAUGCAGAGCGCCAUCCACUCUUGGUCGCUCUACGUGCCCCCCUCCGUGGUGCAGCGGCUCUUCGCGGACAGGGUCGAGGCGGAGAUCGGCGUCGGGGCCCAGCGCGUCACGAUCCUCUUCUGCGACAUCUCGGGGGGGGUUCGCGUUCGAACAGGAUUCCUGUUCGAACCGCCAGGUGCGCCGCCGCGACGCGCGCCGCACACCUUCGACCCAGCCGCCGCAAGAGCACGGGGCCGCGCUGAAGCUGCAUCAGCCGACGGCGGGCCGCAGAUCGGCGCCGCGAUCCGCCCCGGCGCGCUUCUGAAUGCGACACGCGAGAUGAACGCCACGCCUGGACCGGCCGAUUUCUCCCGAGCGGUCAAUUGGGCCGUGGCCCAGCACCCUGCCGAGAUCCCAGUGCGUCUCCCUGACCUGACGGCGGUGCUGGCAGAGGUGGCGGAAGUGAUACAGAUGCACAACGGAACGCUGCUCGAAUUCAUCGGCGACGAGGUGCUCGCAGUCUUCAACGCGCCGAACCCCCUGGCGCACCAUUCACUGGCAGGCGCCUUGGCGUGCAGAGACAUCCACCGGGUCCUUGACGGCGAGAACAUGCGCAGGGGUUGCGUCUCCUACCGCACGGGAAAAGAGAUCAAUAUCCGGUGCCGGUGCGGGGUGCACACGGCAGACAUUUUGGCGGGCAACAUAGGGUCGAAGAAGCGCAUUAAGUACGGCCUCCUCGGCGACGGGGUCAAUUUGGCUGCUCGGCUGAAGGCUCUGAACUCGCGAUACAACACACGCACGCUGGCCACAGACGUGCUGGUCGGCAGCGGCGACAGGCUCAGGAGGGUCGACUUCGCGUUCCGCCCUGUGGACGUUGUGGCCGUGAAGGGGAAGACGGAGCCCACCACGGUCUACGAGCUGAUGACCACCCCGGCCAUCAGGACUAAGCCUGGCCUGUCCCCCUGCAGGAGGAAUAUUCAAAGACAGUCGAAAAAUAAUCCGGGGACUAUGUUUCGACUCUUGCUGCCUACUUUCAGGCACUGUUCGACUCUGCUCUAUAGCUUUCGCCCAAAAUAUCUCCCUGUAGGAGGCCACGCCCGACCGAAACCCAGGACGCCGGAGUCGUCCGCGAUCUUCGAGGCGUGCGCGAGGCACCAGGAGGCCUUCCGGAGCUACCAGUGCCAGGACUUCGCCCGGGCGAGGGACGCCUUCCGGGAGGUGGGCGGGGCCCUCGCCCGCGCGGGGCUCCCCCGGGACGGGCCCAGCCAGCUGCUGAGCCAGCGCUGCGAGAGGUUCAUCGGCGCGCCGCCCGGUCCCGAGUGGGACGGUGUGGACCACCUCACUCGGAAGGCUUUCUAGGCCAGCACGGGAAGCACGGCACCCACGCUGAGCGGCAGUUCGGACGCCCAGUGACGGCCGUGAUCCGCCAGUUGCCCGUGGUUGAGUGGAAUUUUCGUCCGCCGCCUCCUCCGCCUCAGCCUCCUCUGCCUCCCCCGCCGCCUCCGUGUCAUGUGGCCGGGCCCCUACUGCACCCCUUGCGUAUUGAGACCCCACGCUAUUGCCUCCAAACAUUGGUGGUAUUGUUAGUGCUACGGCGGCUCGGCGCGAAGUUGACGCGCGUUUUAGCAGCAACGGUGUGCCGUUCGGCACGUCAAUUCACAAAUCGUAUUGUUCGCAUUCCUAGUCCGCCUGCAUAUUCCCGUAUCCUUUAUUCUCUUCGGGACGCGGGGGGCGUUGGUGCCGCGCAUUUUCUAGAGCAUGCCUUGUGGGCGCGGAUCCGGCGCAUUCUCCAAGGGAUCGUUGCUCUAGGAACAU